CGGGUGCCUAUCGCCGCUCUUCUGGCGCUGUCCCAGCCCUCUUCACCUACCCAGGGAAAACGUUUUCGGGAAGAAUAAAGAACUCUUACAGACCUGAACUUCAACAACUCGCCCACAGCUCACUCAGAGGCCUACUUCGCCGAAACGGUCUGACUAUGUGGAGAAAGAAAUCGGCGUUGGGCGAAUUCUUGGGGUGUCUUAUUCUGCUUGUCGUGGUCUGUGAUGCCCAUCGAUUCCUGACACAGAACACAGCGGCACAGUUCCUGUCACGGCGCCGUCGCGCAAACUCGCUCUUCGAGGAGAGCAAGAAAGGGAACCUGGAGAGAGAGUGCAUCGAGGAGCUGUGCAACAAAGAGGAGGCGCGCGAGAUCUUCGAGAACUACCCCGAGACUGAACACUUCUAUCCCAAAUAUGUUGCAUGUUUGGGAUCACACCGCGUGGGGAUCAACAACCCCGUUCCUGGUUCAGACGUGCCAUCUGACCUGCGCACAUGUGUGAAAGAGAUCAGUGAUCAGUGUGUCCCGCUGCCCUGUUAUAAGGAAGGCCAUGAGCGUUGCAUUGAUGGACAGGCCUCCUUCACCUGUGUGUGCAAACCGGGCUGGAAGGGCCAACGCUGUGAAGAGGAUAUUGAUGAGUGCACGGACCCAGAGUUCCCAGCCGGCUGUAACCAGAAGUGCUACAACUUCCCCGGGAGUUUCCGAUGCCUGUGUGAAGAUGGCUACUUCUCCAAUGACAAGAUCCACUGCACAGACAUCAAUGAGUGCCUGCUGUACCCCAGCAUCUGCGGGCCAGCGACCUGCCUCAACACCCCGGGCAUGUACGAGUGUCGCUGCCCCCUAGGCUACAAGUACAACUUCACCUCUCACGACUGCCAGGAUGUUGAUGAAUGUGUACAGGAUGUUUGUGAGGGAACAUGCCUGAACACUGUGGGCAGCUACACCUGUCACUGCGACGGGAGGCGGGGCCUAAAGCUGGCAGAAGACAGACGACUGUGUGAGCAAAUACCAGUGUGUGUUGAGCUCCAUGCCAGUAAGGAUGCAGAGAUGCUGUACCUGGGUGAGCAGUUUGCAGGCUUACCUGUGAUCUACCUGCGCUUCCGCCUGCCAGAGAACACAAAGUUUGCGGCAGAAUUUGACUUCCGCACGUUCGAUCCGGAGGGGGUGAUCCUGUACGCGGAGUCGUCCCAGGACUCCUGGUUCAUGCUGGGCCUGAGGGCUGGCCGGAUUGAGGUCCAGUUCAAGAACCAGCACUCUGUAAAGGUCACCAGCGGAGGAAAGGUCAUCAACGAUGGGGAGUGGCACGUGAUUUCGGUGGAUGAACUAGAGCGCAGUAUUAGCGUGAAGAUAAGUAAGGAAGCUGUGAUGAGUAUCAACAGCCCAGAGAGCCUCUUCACCUCUGUCAAUGGGAAGCUGGAGACCAAGGUGUACAUCGCUGGGCUGCCUAACCGUACCGACAGCGUCAUCAAACCGAUUAACCCUAGACUGGAUGGCUGCAUCCGAGGAUGGAACCUGAUGAACCAGGGGGCGUCUGGGGUUAAGGAGGUCAUUCAGGAGAAGGAGAGCAAGCACUGCUUUGUCCAAGUGGAGCCAGGGACUUACUUCCCUGGCACAGGUCUGGCCCAGUUCAACUUGAAUUACAGUGUAGGAGGCUCUUGGAAAAUAGACUUAAAGCUCAGCAUUCGCCCAUCCAGCAGCACAGGGGUCCUGUUCGCCCUUGUCAGCAACAACACUGUCCCCCUGACCGUUUCUGUGUUGACUCAAGGACCAGAUGAAGCAGACCUCCAGGUGUUCUUGGAGAAUGUUCCUGUGGCAACGUUGAAGUCAGUGAUGCUGUGUUAUCCGGACCGUUUGUCUCUGGAGCUGACCGUGUCUGAAUCCAAUCUGCGGCUCGCUGCAAACUCCUCCACUGUCUCGUACACCGAUUCAGACGUCCUGCGAGCCAGGCUGUCCGCCCUCAACACCACCAUGCAGAGCCCUGUCAGCACGUUCGUCGGGGGCGUCCCAGAUCUCCCUGUCACUGCCACGCCAGUCACUGCCUUCUACCAUGGCUGCAUCGAGAUCACUGUCAAUGACCAACGGCUAGACUUUGAUGAGGCCGUGAGUAAACACAGCAGAAUCAAGUCUCACUCCUGCCCCCCUGUGUCAGAAACGGGAGAUGGUCUUUUCACUAGGAAGUGAUGUUCAGGAAGUGACGUCACACCAAAAGUUCUGCGACAUGUGACAGAGAUUCAUCGUAUAUUCUUUUUCCUGAUGUGUAAAAUAUUGUAUAUCUUCCCAAUUGUAAAAAUAUCUGAGAUCGAGGAUUGACAUUUAAUGCAAUAUUGGUUUAUUCUCAUCAUUUUAGAUCCACAUUGUACGUUUCACACAGUAUGUAAAACGUCUUCUUCCCUUGUUCCUAUGUCUUAAUAUGUUCACUGUUCUAGGGAAGCUGUAAAACCUGGAACUAGAAAAAGAUUUUAGCAUUUUUAGCAUUGUUUCCAUUGUCAAGAAUUUGAUUUAUAUCUUAAAUCCCAUUACAGUACUUGCAAGGCUAAGGGUUUGGCAGUUAUGUUUCUCCUCACAAGGCUUCCAGAACUGCCAUGUUUUCAACAUAAUCCAUGCCAUCAUGCUUUGGGGUUAGAUCAACAGAACUCCAUAAACAAAGUUUAACCCCCACAGACAGCCACAAUGUCUAUAUUAGAAUCGCAAUAUAAGCAAUUUUGGGGUAGGUCCAUGAGGUAGCCAAGAGUACCCAUAGACAUAAAGGAAGUUGUAGGGGUUUUUGUGAACAUUCAGACACACUUUUCUGGACCAUACUUGCUCGAGACACCAAGUAGCUUUGCCUUUUCUUUUCCAAUAACACUUAUCAGGUCACCAGUGAUUUUACAGCCAUUCAAAUUCACGCUGGAUAGUAUAGGUUGUUUUGAUGUAAUAGUCUCCAAGUCUGUCACUUCAUGCCUUUGCAUCUGUAAGAAGGAAGACAAUGGGUACUAAAUUAGGCCAAUAAGGCAGCACGACCAAGGAGCAAGGAGGAAGUUGAGUCAGGCGAGGUCAAGGCAGGGGCAUGAGUAUGGUCAAAGUGAAGCGACAGACAUUGGUCAGAGCAGGACAAAGCCACAGCAGGGAGCAAGUUGCAUGGUGACAGCAGGCUACAGUGGAAUGUAAUUUUUUUAUAAAUCCAGAAAAAAUUGCCCAUCAGCGUGGAACCUUGUUAUGGAAUGAAAAACUUCACUGCACAAGGGGGUAGCUCCCUUUUUUUCUCUGCAUGUUGAAGGUGUGCAUUGCUGCCACAGACAGCAGG